GAGCGGAAUGACAACCGGAUCGCUGUGAGGGCAAGGGCGAUAUUUAACAUACAGGGUCGUCGGGGCGCUUGAAUCGAGAACCUUACCCACAAUUUGGCCGUGAUGUCUCUUCCCAAAGCACACCGUCUUCCGGCCUCAUUAAGACGAGGUACCAGACUCUUUCCCAAAUCGAAGGAGCAAGGGCCCGUUUCUGAGUCUCGGUCUGUAUGUUCCUCCACCGCCUUUCAACCGGUCUUUUACCGUGAUGUCAUCCGAGUUCCUUUAAAUCGCCGCACCUUUCCACUCUGGCGGCACCAAACCGUCGAGCGUACGAUAUUCCCCGCUGACCCAGCGCGUCUUGAAGAACAGGAGGCUAAUUUCCAACGUAGAAAAGCAACGGCCUCUGAGCUGCAAAGAUUACCAGGAUGGGAAGUCAUUUUUCAAACUCUGGAAUCCAAUCAACCGUCUGUCGACGCAGUUGUGGCCGCAAAAGAAAGGACAUUGCGACGGGCGAGACGACGAGAAAAUGCUGGAUAUCUGGGUCCGGAGGAGGUUCUUUCAGCAAUUUCAUGUGCCAUUGCUGACUUGCGGGGAAAAUCGAUUGAUGAACAAAACGACUCCAUAUACCAGUUAUAUCUUAAAACAAUCAAACGAUUUCAACAAUCUUCGGGAAACCUUCGACAUCACAAUGCUGUGCUACCGGGAGCGAUUACCAAAAUCACAAAAGAUUGCUGUAGAUUAGGCAGGCUGGAUUUGGCACAGACGGUCGUGGCACAAUAUAUGCAAGACUUACAGGGCAUUGAGAGAUUGGAAGACUCUGAGAGACUAUUGGCAGGACCGUUCAACGCACUAAUUGAGGCUUAUUAUCGAGCUGGAAACCGGGAGAUGGGUCAGACGCUUUUACAGGAGAUGCACAACACGGGCAUCAGUCCCAACUCGCGAACUUAUAGCAUCCUAAUCCGAGCAUGUGAGCCUGAAGAGGUCGAAACAGCACUGCAAAUCCUCCAAAUGAUCGCCAACACACCAAAUAUGCGACCACGGCUGGCAACUCUGAAUAAGGUACUUGACCUUUGUUUCACUGCAGGGGGAAAAUAUCGCCAGGAAGCGUCAAAAGUGUUUCAAUUGCUCCAACAAAUCUAUCCCAUCAAACCUGGGUGUCGCACUGGCCCAAAUUCAACCACUGCCUGCAUACUGCUUAAGCAAUGUCGGUCAGAGGCAGAUAUCGAGUUGGUCUUCCGCGACGUUCAGAAAUGGUCGCUAGUUCGGUCGUCUCGCAUUCAAGCGAAGGUACUCCGUACUGCUUCACAAAUUGCUGGGCCGACGAACGCCCUCUCGCAAUGCUUGGAUUGGGCCAAUCGAUAUGCUGGUCUUGGAGUACCCUUAUAUCCCGAGUCCGCCAGAGUAGUUCUUCAGGCGUACACCGACUCUGGUUCUGCAAGGGGAGGUUUGGAUUUCGCCGAACGAUUAUCGCGGUUCACAAUUCAGCCUCACGAAGACACUUUACUGGGUCUGCUCCGAUCUGUUGGUCGCGAUGCAGAACAAGGAGGCGUUGAUCGUCGGGAGGAGGAAGUAGCGUGGCGCAUAUGGAAUGGUUUAAAGGAGAGGUCACAAGCGCCAACUAUACGGACAUUUGUGGAGCUUAUUGAUGCCAUGGGAAGGGCUGGCGAUAUCCGAGGUCUAUGGUAUCUGUACCGAUUGAUGAAGUCAAAGGCGGAGGGCAAAGACGUACCAGUUGUCCGUAAGACAGUCGAAGACGAGACGCCUGAAGCUGCCCUGCUAGCUCGAAUAGAUCCGAACGACACUCGGCUCAAUCGUGCAUUCGUACGCGCCUUCGGGUCGCGCCUUGCGUCGGAUCCCAAGUCUGCAGCGGCCGUGUUUGCGGCGGGUUCGAAUGACGAGAGAUCAGCCCUCGACUUACUACGAAGUGUCCGUGACCGGCGGCAGGCCCCACGCAUAUUGAAUGAUUUGCUUGGAGUUGCCGUAACUCGUGGUGCGCCCCUAACUACCGAUGGCCUCGGCAAAGCGUUUGCACAAGUUAUCGAACGGGCCCGAAAGCCCGAGUACAAUGCCAUGGCAUUCAGUUCUGCUGAAGGGCUGGACAAGAUUGGUGCUUGGAAUUUGCGUGCGCAGGGUCCCAGACCCGAACGUCAGAUUGAAGCAGCUCGCACGGCGGUUGUCAGAGCUGCGGCACACGGGGUCGCCGAUGCGGCAGCUAGCGUCAGGAGCGGCGAGGAUGUCUCACGGGCUCUUGGUGCUUUAGAGUCGUGGAUAGAUGGGCGUAGUGCGGAGGAAGGGAUCGAGGAUGUUCAACACGCGCUGGAGCGCUUGGAAGGGUGGACAAAGGACGUAACAAGGCAGCCGGCAUCAGGAUAGACAUCGCAUCACCACCAUCUUUACAUUUUGUUGUUUUUCCUGCAUUAUUUUUAUUUUAUUUACUAACGGC